AUGCGAAGAUCACAUCUAGAAGGUGGAAGAGGAGACCCUCCUUAUUUCAGACAAACUGGUCAUGCAAUUUAUUCAGUUCUUGGCCAUGAAGAGCAUGAAAGUAUUUGCUUCCCAAUAAAUCCGAACUUUAUAAGUUAUAAAGAAAAGGUUUUGAACCAAAAAUAUUUAGAAUCUCUAUGUUUCCAUAAGCAUAAUGAUAACAACCUAUCCCGAGAAUACAAAAAUAAUUUACUGAUUUUUUAUUUAUUUCUAACCUGCUAUUUAGUCAUUUCCUUACUUCCUUCCGAAUUUUUUUUAAAAUUUAUUUAUAGUAAUUUUUUUUCAAAAUUUAAAAAUUCCAUAUUCGAAAUAAUUUUAAAGAAUGUUAAUUUAAUAAAAUUUAUGUUUUAAAAUUCAAGCUGUUUAAAAUUAAACUGAAUUAUUUUGAGAUUUUUAUUGUAAUGAUACUUAUAUAUCAAAAUAUUUUCAUAAAAAAUUGUUAUAUUAACAAAAUUUUGUUUCCUCACAAAAGUCGGGUUUUGGGCGAAAAGCAAUUUUUCAAUGGUUUUGUUCUCACGGAGGGGAGUUAGCGACAUGAUCACUACUCUACAACUCAGACAAAAUAAAAACUGGCCCAUUUACGGUGAGAAUGAUUUUUUUGACAAUGAUUUUAGUGAUGUCAUACACAGUUUUAUACUUUAUUUGAAAAUAUCAUCAUUUUGCAUAUUACACAAAUUUAUUUUUUGGAAUCCUUGGUUUGCUGAUUAUGUUUUAUUUAGUUUUAUGCGAUGAAAAUGUAUUAUCAGGAAUGUUUGGUAAUGAUUAUAAUCCUAAUGCCCAGACUCAUACUUUAGCGAUGGCUUGCUUUAUAGUACUUCUGAGAACUAUCACUUAUGACAACUUUUUUAUUAUUGUGGGAAUUUCUUUUAUAACGAUGAUACUUAUGCUGGGCUGCUUUUUGACGUUGACAAGUUUGUCACCAAUUGCUGUUCUCUCUGAUUUUUUUAUUUUAGUUAUUUUCUUUGUUAUUCAGAUUAUCGAAUCACAUCAAGCAGAAAUGAGAGCAAAACAGCUAUUCUAUAGGAAGAUAAAAGAAGAGGAAGCUUUAGACCCAAAUCCUUCUUUUUUAGAGCCCGAAAAAAACACUCAAAACAUGUUUAAUUCAGAAAUUGAAGUGACUGUAGGAGCUAUUGACAAAAUUAAGCAAAAUAUAAAAGCUGCUGCAACUGUGAUUAUGUUUAAAGACGUCAAAGUGAAAUUAAAAAACGCAACCAUCGAAAUAGAAAAAAUUAAAAGAAAAAUUGCCCAUGGCGAUAUGUUCAUGUUUAAUGUUGAUAAAUUCAGUGAAAAUCAAGAAAUGGAUGAACAAGAUAGAGCAUUUGUGCUGCAGCUUUGCUUGGAUCAAAAGCAUGAAAAAACGCAGCGAGGAGCUGUAAGAAGAGUUUCAAUGCUCGAUGUCCAAGAAAAAAAGCCUGAAUUUUUAGCCAAAAGUUAUGGGAUGGAAGAAUUGGAAACUGUUUUAUAUUGUGUUGGGGUUAAUUGAAAAUUUGACAUAUGAUUUGUAUACCAGACAACUGGGAGCAGUCUUUCAAUAGUUGCAAAAUAUUUAUUUCAGAAAUGAAGCUUAAAUGAAACUUUUUCGAUUCAAGAAGAAGUCUCUGAUAGAUUUUUCCAAGCUCUUGAAAGAGUAAUAUUUAUAUAGUCAUAUCAUACCCAAAAUGCUUAUCACAAUGCUUGCCAUGCAGCUGAUGUUUUACAUACUCUUUUGUAUUUCAUUAUUCGAGGUGAACUACUUCAAACAUUAACUCCUUUAGACACUAUGUCUUGCAUUGUAGCUGCUUUAGGCCAUGAUGCUGACUCCUCCCCCUGUGAGCAAACAAAAUCAUUGGAAAAAUCCCUAUUUUUUGCCAAAAAACCUAUCAGUAGAAAUUUAAAAAAAUCCAUAUUCGAAAUAAUUUUAAAGAAAUUAUUAAUUGAAUCUGUUAUUUAUGUUUUAAAGUGCAAGCUGUUUAAAAUUAAACGGAAUUAGCAAGAGAUUUCAUUAUAACAAUUAUCAUUUAUAUUAAAAAAACCUUCUGUUUGAUCAUAGAGUAUAAAAUUACAUAAAAAUUAAAAAAAAUGAACCCCAAAAAAUUAUUUUGUUCUCUCACGAAGGAGGGACUGAGCACCCUGGUGUUACCAACAGGUUUUUAAUAAAUAACAGAGACGAGCUAGCUUUACAAUACAAUGAUGCAGGAGUUUUGGAAAAUAUGCAUGCUUAUAAAACAUAUAGUAUAAUGCAAAAAGCUGGUCAGAAUAUUUUCCAAAAUUUAUCGAACGAAGACUAUGUUAAAUGCAGAAAAUUAAUAAUAGAAAUGAUCCUGGAAACUGAUAUGGGGCGGCAUUUUGAAAUUUUGGGGAAAUUCAAUACCCGAGCUAAUAAUUUAGCUGAUUUAUCAAUGGAAAACCACGAUGAUAAAAUCAUUAUUUUAUCAAUGGGAUUAAAAUGUGCAGAUAUAGGCCACAGUGCAAAGAUACCAGAACUGCAUGAAAAAUGGACAUCUUUUGUUAUGGAGGAGUUUUUCAAGCAGGGAGAUAUAGAAAAAGCUAAAGGAAUGCCAGUUUCUACGUACUGUGAUCGAGAUACAACAGAUGUGUAUAAAAGCCAAGCUGGGUUUCUUAAAAAUAUAUGUAUACCAUUAUACGAAGUGUGGUGCAAAUAUUUGCACUCAGAAGAAAUCAAUGUAAAUUGCCUAGAACAAUUGAAAAACAACUAUAGAAGUUGAGAAGAAAAAGGAAGACAAAGAAGAUUAACGCCUUUUGCAUCUGGCUCUGGAUUUGAAGACUCAGCGUCCAGAAGAAUUAGUUUAGCUUCAAAUGGGAUUCAAAAAGAAAUACAAUCUCCUGCUGCAACUUAA